AAUCUCUUUACAAUCUCUUUACAAUCUCUUUACAAUCUCUUUACAAUCGCUUUACAAUCUCUUUACAAUUUCUUUACAAUCUCUUUACAAUCUCUUUACAAUCUCUUUACAAUCUCUUUACAAUCUCUAUACAAUCUCUAUACAAUCUCUUUACAAUCUCUUUACAAUCUCUUUACAAUCUCUUUA